GACGGUGCAGCGCGCGAGCUCCAUAGGCGGCUGUUUACAAACAAUCAGCUGUUAUUGCCGCUUCCUGUGGAAGACAGAAGCAGGAUGGAAGUGGAGGUUUCUCAGUCCUGUUACGUUGGAGACAUCGGCUGCUGGGCUGAGAGAACGGAGGUCCACAAGGCGGCGUCCCUUGGCCACGCCUCUCACCUGCAGCGCCUCAUACAGAGCGGCGCUUCGGUCAACGUGGUGGCUGUGGACUCCAUCACCCCGCUCCAUGAGGCCUGCCUACGGGGGCAGGCCCAGUGUGUGCAGCUGCUGCUGGACGCCGGAGCACAGGUGGAUGCCAGGAACGUGGAUGGAAGCACGCCGCUGUGCGACGCCUGUUCCUCUGGGAGUCUGGAGUGUGUGAAGCUGCUGCUGGAUCAUGGUGCCAUGGCUAACCCCGCCCUCACCUCCCGCACCGCCUCCCCUCUUCAUGAAGCCUGCAUGGGAGGUAACUCAGACUGUGUGAAGCUGCUGAUUGCCAUGGGCGCUUCUCUAGAGGCAUACGACCUUUACUACGGCACCCCGCUGCACGUGGCUUGUGUUAACGCGCACACCGAUUGUGUUAAAGUUCUUCUCAAUGCAGGUGCUAAAGUCAAUUCUGCUCGGCUACAUGAGACUCCGCUGCACCAUGCAGCUAAACAUAUGAGCGUUGAGAUGAUUGAGACACUGGUAGAGUUUGGGGCUAACAUCUACGCCAGAGAUCAACACAACAGGAAACCGGUGGAUUACACCACACCUGGCUCUCCCUCUGAAGCCUGCCUGCAGUUUUAUGAGUCCAGACCAAUGACUCUGCAGCAGCUCAGCCGGUUGGCGGUGAGGAGGAAGCUGGGAACCACAGCUCUAAACGCUAUAGCUCAACUCGAUGUGCCAAAGCUAAUCAUCAGCUUCCUCUGCUAUCAGUGACUCAUCUUCUUGGAAAGAAAUGUUGGAAUUCAAGCUGUUGCCUGCAGAGCAGCAAAGCUGCUAGCAUAAAUUAACAAACAUGGUGCCAAGCAUCAACUCAAGACUUCCUUUUCUGAAAUACUGCACUUUAUAUUUGAGUAAAAAGCUCUAAAGUCUUCUGUAGCCUAAAGCCAGACCAACUAGUGAUAGCAUUUUAGUUGAUUAUAGCCUGCAAGCUGUAGUUAGCUUAGAAGAUAGAGGUAGUUAAUGUUAGCUAAGAUUUUGGGGUUAGCAAAGCAGCUAGUGAUGUCAGUAUAUUUUGUGUUAGUUAGACCCUGUAGUAAAAUCACCAUAUUGGCUAAUGUUGCUCUUUAUUCUUGGGUUUGCAAUGUUGAGCACAUUCAUGCUAAGAUUAGCAUCUUAGCUGACUUUAGCAUUAUAGCUUUUACUGAAACAUAAAAUGCUAUUAACAUAGUAGUUAAGCUCUUAACAGAAUGUAAAUGUUGGUUUUCCACUUUUAAACUGUCCACUAACUUUGUGACAAGGAUUUAACCUUUUUUCCUAUAAUCUCUGAUGCUCUUUUAGCUAAAUCUUCUUUAAAAACUUUGUCUACUUUGAUGGAGCGUCUUAUUUCACCUUUUCUUAGGAACCUUUCCUCAGGUUAAAUCUACGCCUGUUUUUUUUUUUUUUUUUUUUUUAAAUUAAUCACUGUUCUUUGAAUGAUAAUGUUUUGGAUGUUUCUUACCUCACAAUGCAGCAUUAUUAUUAAGCAAAGUCUUAAUUCCCUGAAAACAAAUGUUUGGUUAGAAUUCAGGGUUUUUAAAACUGUUUUAAAAGAUGUUUGUUUGUCUUCAGAAAAUUUUAAAUUUCUAAUGAUUUAUUCUAAUGGCAGUAAUUACUGAACAUUUUACCAUCUGCACUUUAUUCCAGUGGUUGUGAUAUAAAGAAAAUAAGUGAGGUGAAACACCACAUAUUUAUUAAUAUUUAAUAUUGUAUUACAGCCAGGUUGCUGUAAAACAGUUUGUAUAAAUUAUUUAAGCAUUUAUAUGCUUAACUGUGAAAUUCAACAGAGGAAAAAAAAGAUGUGAAACAAAAUAAAAUAAUUUGUGAAGAAGUCGGACAUCUUGGUCAGUCUA